AUGUCCGACCAGAGCUGCUACAAGUGCCAACAGCCAGGCCACAUCUCUCGUAAUUGCCCACAACGCGAGCAAGAUGGUGGACGUAGAGGAGGUGGUGGAUCCACAUGCUACAAUUGCCAAGAAACUGGACACUUCUCGCGCGAUUGCCCAAAGGGAGGAUCCGGAGGAGGUCAACGUGAUCGCAACAGCGGCGGUGGUGGUGGUGGAUCGUGCUACAACUGUGGAGGACGCGGACACUACUCUCGUGACUGUCCAUCUGCUAGAAGUGAGGAAGGAAGCGGCAGCAGAGGAUACGGAGGAGGUGGACGUGGCGGAGGCAGCAGAAGCUUCGGCGGACAGAAGUGCUACAAUUGCGGUCGCAACGGACACAUUUCCCGCGAGUGCACCGAGAGCGGAUCGGCUGAAGAGAAGCGUUGCUAUAACUGCCAGGAGACUGGACACAUCUCACGCGACUGCCCAACCACAAACAACUAA